AUUUUCUAACCUUAAAUGUUCAUUUUUAUUAGCUUUGGUUAGUCUAGUUCAAAUUAUCGUUUAUUUAGUCGAUUAUUGACUGAAUAUUCAAUUUUAUUAGUAAAAUUUACAUUUCCAUCCAUAAGCAAAGGUUUUGUUGAAUCAACAUGUCGAUAGUUUCAGUGAAUGUUGCCGAACAAUACCAAAAGUUAAUUGCGUCAGACAAGGUCUCAGUGGUUUUGUUCUCGGCUGACUGGGCAGAGCAAUGCAAACAAAUCUUGGAUGUAAUGACGGAUUUGAGUAAAAAACCGGAGUAUUCAGCUGCAAUUCAGUUCCUCAAUGUACCAGCCGAAGAAUUAUCCGAUGUGUCACUGAAGCAUCAAAUCGAAGCAGUGCCAACUGUGUUGUUUAUCCGCAGUGGAAUGGCAAUUGAUCGAAUCGACGGUGUCGAUAUUGCCUCUCUAUCGCUCAAAUGCAAAUCAUUUGUCGACAAAAAUGCAUCGGCUGGUGCCGGUGAUGGUGAUUCACAAACAAAUCUAAAUGAUCGGCUUAAAGCAUUGAUUAACCGUGCUAAGGUUAUGAUUUUCAUGAAAGGCGACCGAAACACACCGCGUUGUGGUUUCUCCAAGCAGCUCAUACAAAUUAUCAAUGAAACAAAAGUCAAUUACGACACAUUUGACAUUUUGACUGAUGAAGAAGUGCGACAAGGACUGAAAGUGUACUCCGACUGGCCAACAUAUCCACAGGUUUACGUUGCUGGUGAACUCAUCGGUGGAUUAGACAUCAUUAAGGAAUUGGUAGAAAACAAUGAACUCGUCUCCACCUUGAAUGGAUAGAUUUUAAUUACUUUGUUUUACGCACAUUUUCAUUGCAAUGCAAUUCCAAAGCCAACAAUAAAAUAAAACAAUAAAUGCGGAAUAUGUAAACCCAA